AUGGUGAAAAAAGAUGAUCUCCAAAUAGCUCUGGAGAAAGCUUCAAUGGCGAACAAGACGUUAAUAGUCGCUUUCGUCAACAAAGCUUACGUGGAGCCGCACGAAGACGAGUACCCAACGAUGCUAGAUCUCUUUCUCGAGGGCUUUUGGGCCGGGGAGGGGACAGGGCCGCUAUUGGGCCACCUGCUGGUGGUGUCCAUGGACAGGGCCGCCCACCGGAGGUGCGAGUUCAGGAGGCUGAACUGUUACGAGCUGCCUCCGGUGGGCGGGGGCGAUUUUGCGGGAGAGAAAGUUUACAUGAGUGAUGGAUUUAUAGAGAUGAUGUGGCGGAGGACUCGUUUUCUAUUGGAGGUUUUAAACCGAGGAUUUAGCUUCGUCUUCACGGAUACAGAUGUAUUAUGGCUUCGAAAUCCAUUCACAAGAUUGAUGAUCAAUACCGAAAAUACCCUCGACAUACAAAUAAGCACAGACCGAUUUAACGGUAACUCGACAUCGGAAAAAAACCCGAUCAACACGGGAUUUUACUUCGUCCGAUCCAACAAAAACACAAUCUCGUUGUUCCAAACGUGGUACAACACAAGGAAAAACUUGACGGGACUCAAAGAACAAGACGUGCUAGCCAACUUAAUACGCGACGGGAUUUUUACAAGAUUAGGUCUCCGCAUUGAAUAUCUCGACACAUUGUAUUUCAGCGGGUUUUGCAAGGACAGUCGGGAUAUCGAGCUCGUGGCGACUGUUCAUGCCAACUGUUGUAGAAGCAUUGCGGCCAAAGUUGCUGAUCUAAAGAGGGAAAACGUGUUGGCUGAAUCAAGGAUGAUGGUUCCUGACUGCCGCAAGCGUUUGGAGUCUGCUCUUACAGACCUUAAAGGCACUUUAGCCGAGCUAGAGGAGUCUGGUGAACAAGGAGGCUCAGAAUAUAAUGAUGCUCGGAUCAUAGUUUCAGAGGUUUCGUUAGAAACUUUUUUAAAGUGA